GGGGCCCACCCGCUGCCGGCCCCAGCAGCGCAACGCGGCGGCCGCAGCGGCGGAGGCGCCGGGGGCAGCCGGUGCUGCUCCAGCCGUGCCCACCCCGGUUACCGGCCGCUCCACCCGCGGUAGGCAGCUCCCGGUUCCGGUAACCGACUGUGUGUCCCCCCACCCCCACCCCGCCCCCGGUUAAACGAGCCCCCGCUGCCCCGGUGGGCCCGUCCCCGGUUGUCCCGGUGGGCGGAUGGCGGCACCCCCGGGGCGGCGGGAGCGGCUGCGGGCGCUGGCGCUGGGGCGGGGGGCGCUGGGGCUGGAGCCGCUGCUGGAUUUGCUGCUGGGGGUAACGGGGGGGCUGCGGCACCGGCUGCGGCACCGGGACACCGGCACCGGCACCGACAGCGAGAGGCACGUCCGGGAUUUUCUGAGUUGGGCGGAGCCGGUGGCUGCCCGGGUGCAGGAGCUGCAGCUGCAGCGAAGUGAUUUCGAGAUUUUGAAGGUGAUCGGGCGCGGGGCCUUCAGCGAGGUGGCCGUGGUGAGGAUGAAGGAGUCGGGGCAGAUCUACGCCAUGAAGAUCAUGAACAAGUGGGACAUGCUGAGGCGCGGAGAGGUGUCCUGUUUCCGGGAGGAGCGGGAGGUGCUGGCGCGGGGGGACCAGCGCUGGAUCACCCGCCUCCACUUUGCCUUCCAGGACCCCCAGUGCCUGUACCUGGUCAUGGAGUACUACGUGGGGGGCGACCUCCUGACCCUGCUCAGCAAAUUUGGGGACCGGCUGCCCCUGGCCAUGGCCCGCUUCUACCUGGCGGAGCUGGUGAUGGCCAUCGACUCUGUCCACCGCCUGGGCUACGUGCACCGAGGCCACCCCCCACAGGGACAUCAACCCGACAACAUCCUCCUGGACCGCUGGGGCCACGUCCGCCUCGGGGACUUUGGCUCCUGCCUGAGGCUGGGGCCGGAUGGCACCGUGCGUUCCUCAGUGGCCGUGGGGACCCCCGACUACUUGUCCCCUGAGAUCCUGCUGGCGGUGGAGGACCCGGCCCGCUCCUACGGCCCCGAGUGUGACUGGUGGGCACUGGGAGUACUGGCCUACGAGAUGUUCUUCGGGCACCCGCCCUUCUUCGCCGAGUCCGUCCUGGAGACCUACGCCAAGAUCCUCCACUUCCAGGACCACCUCCGCCUGCCGGACGAGACCGACCCGGCGCGCGCCCGGACGCCGCCGCCGGGAGGGGGCGUGGCCGACGGCGGCGGGGGCGUGUCCUGCCGCGCGGCCGGGGCGGGCCGGCGCGUGCCGGCGGCGGCGCGCGCGCUGGUGCGGGGGCUGCUGUGCGCGCGGGAGGCGCGGCUGGGGCGGGGCGGGGCGCGCGACUUCCGGCGGCUGCCGCUGUUCGCGGGGCUGCGCUGGGCCGCGCUCCGCCGCGCCGCCCCCCCCUUCGCCCCCGCCGCCAACGGCGCCGCCGACACCUCCAACUUCGACGUGCUGGACGACGGCGUCAGCCAGCCGGAGGAGCCUUGGGACCCCCCCGAGCUGGGGCUGCACCUGCCCUUUGUGGGGUACUCGUACACCCGCGGACCCCCCGAGGAGGAGGAGGAGGAGGAGGAG